AUGGCGCCGUAGAGAGAACACGGUGUUUCAGCGAGCUCUCGUGGCAUUCGUAAAUUUAUAUUCUUACAUUAAUCUCCUAGCUUGAAAAAGUGGUAGAAUUGGCUAAAUAAGUUACCAUAUAAUGAGUCUUGACGACUAUUUCGCAAAAAUCUCCGACAACAUGCCCAAUAGAAAUACUAAGAAGUCGACCAAAACCACCACCCCUGUGGAUGUGCAUGAGGAGCUAGCUAACGUUAGCGAAGCUAACACCAUUGCGGACCCGGGCACAAUGGACCUGAUGAUUCAAAAGAUGACUGAUAACAUUACUAAAGUGAUCGAUGCUAAGAUAAGAACGGUCUUGGAAGCAAUAGCAGGCCAUUCAGCUGAAAUACAGAGCGUUGUGAAACGUGUUGUUGAGGCGGAAGGAAGAAUUGCUGCAGUGGAAACUUCAACUACAUCUAUGGACGCUAAGAUAAAAGCACUUGAGAAACAGGUGCGCGAAAUGGCGGAGCACAUUGACGACUUGGAUAAUCGAGGACGCAGAUGCAAUAUUCGUGUUGUGGGACUCCCGGAAAAUUCUGAAGGGACACGUUCAGUAAAAUUCUUUGAGGAAUGGAUCCCUGGCUACCUACAAAUGGACACUAAGGCUGGUCGUGUGAAGCUGGACAGAGCCCAUCGCUCUCAAGCACCGAUACCGGGCCCCAAUCAACGCCCACGGCCGGUGGUUAUAAAGUUCCACAACUUCACCGACAAGCAGCGCGUCAUGGAUGCGGCUAGAAACAUCGGCUCUGAUGGUAGUCAACAUAAAGGUCCAAAGGUCUCAUUCUUCAAUGAUUAUUCCACAGCGGUUGUACGAAGACGCAAAGCGUUUGAUGAGGCGAAGGCUCGACUCAGGAGAAUGAAGAUGGACUACGCACUGUUGUACCCGGCCACAUUGAAGAUUAUGGUCAACGGAUCACCUAAAAAGCUCUACACACCUGAAGAGGCUGCUGCGUUUAUUGACUCUCUCGGGUCGAGCUGGGAACUCCCUGACCUGCGGGAUGGCAAGAUCCAGGCCAUCAGCGACUCGGAUGGCGUCAACUACCCUUGGUAUGGCAACACCACGGAAACGUGCACCAUUGUGGGCCCCACCAAGAAGGACACCAAGUUCACGGUCAGCAUGAACGACAACUUCUACCCCAGCGUUACGUGGGGAGUUCCUGUGAGCGACAGCAACAUGCCGCAGCUCAGCAGCAUCCGCCGCGACCAGAGCUUCACCACCUGGCUGGUGGCCAUCAAUCAGGCCACGGCCGAGACCCUGGUGCUGCAGACCAUCCGUUGGAGGAUGCAGCUCCACAUCGAGGUGGACCCUGACAAGCUCCUGGGCCAGAGGGCUAUGCUGCGUGAGCCCGUGGCCCAGGAGCAGCCCCACAUCCUGGGCAAGAAUGAACCCAUCCCCCCAAACGCCAUGGUCAAGCCCAAUGCCAACGACGCUCAGGUGCUCAUGUGGCGGCCAAAGACCGGGGAAGCCGUCGUGGUCAUCCCGCCCAAAUACUGACUGACCUCUGGAGGUUAAACGCUCUUUCUCUUCUCCCACUACCUACACCUCACUUUUCCUUUCUUCUCUUUUGAUCUACUUUCCUUUUCCUUUCUUCUCCUUUUAACCUUCCUUCAAGCUCCUUGCCUCUAUUUGCCUCUACGUUUCCGAUCUCUUCUCUCGCUUUUUGUAAAAAAUUGAGCGAGAGAGGGAGAGAAAGUGAAACAAGGACAAGAGCAGCUUGGAGAAAGAGGACACUCGUUGCCUAUAAGUGGGAGCUGGAGCAGACUUUAAAAACAGGAAUGAACAAACUGCAACCAUUCUACCUUCAAUUGGGGUCGGGUUUCACUGUGCUAGAUGAAGUCAUUGCAAAAAAAUACCCACAGAAACUUUGCAUUUUUUGUUGCAUUUUGGGGAUUGUAAUUUGGGAGGGUUGGGGAGUGUGUGUUGGUGGAACAAAUAACAUAGUAUUCAUGUUCGUGUUUAUGUACAUGGUACAUGCACAAAGUUGUGUUUUUAUUUAUGGUCUUGGAGAGAGUGCACUUUUUGUGAAUAAGCACUCUUCUGUGCUCUACAUGAGGGAUAGUGAAUAGGAACCACAUCUGGGAGACGUGUAGUUUUAGUACUUUUUUUUUUAAACAUGCGAGACAUUCAAUCCAUGCUGCCUUAAGUUUACAUCGCUUUUAACUUUGAGCCUUUAAUCACGUGCAAUGCAAUAUCCCUUGCCAUGUCUUGUCUCUUCUUCCAUCCAGAUUGUUGGUGCUGUUGUGUGUGGGUUUAGGAAUGGAACAGUGACAACUGAGUGCAAAUGAUUAGACCCCUGUUUUUAUGGGUCUAAUAGUAAACACACGGCAUUUCAAUCGUUGAAAUAUAUGACCUUUUCAUGUGGUAUGUACACAACCAGUCACAGUGGUUUCAUUUGAUUGUCAAACAAAUCUCUUCAAAAAGUAGGCUACCUGCACAUGUUCGUCCACACCAAAAUAAUUCCAGCAUCCCAAACACGCGCACUCAUUUGAUAUAUGGAAAGAGGCAUCUGUUACAAAACACCAAAAAGUGUAAUGACAUUCAGCAAUUGUCAUUUUUGUAGAAAUAUUUACCACUGUAGCGGGACAAAUAGUAUUUUAAACAAAUAGGAGAAUGGUUAAAUUAGCAUUAUUUACGGGGUUACAGGGAACAAAAUUGGGUCCUAAUACUGCUAGAACUCUUUACUCCCACAGAACAUACAGAGAAAAUGAAUUCAAACAAACCCUUUCACAAUGCCAGUAUGCUCAUCUCAUCAAUGCAAACGCACAUGUUAUGUUUGGCAGUGUAAAAGGUUUUCUGACAACAUUCAAACCCAUUGAGACCCAUUCAGCUGACAUUCAGAUAGACAGCAAGGGUUGACAACAACCUCCCUUUACAGAGAGAAUACUGUCUUUCAUCAUGUUAUCUUUUAUUUGAUUUAUCACCACUCCCUCCAUUUUAGGGCCCCUGCCCCUGUAAAGUGUUUGUCACACACACCUCCCUCGCGCCAUCCAUCCAUCCCUCUGCCUUUCUUCUCCUCUCUACAGCUGUCAGAAGAGAGGGGUAUGCUAGCACCUAAUCAAUAUUGGUAUUAAUAAGCAAUCACAGCAAGCAGUAGCCAGGGGAAAUGACUGUGUUUCAAAUCCAGGGGCAAUAAGAAAGCAGUCCUCCAUGCAAUGCUAUUGGAGAUAAAUAAUCUUGGCUUUAGGGUCCCUGUGUGUGGGGUGGCUCUGCAGAGGUUAACUGGAUGUAUCCCACUUCCCUCCCUCUCUAUUCUCUCUCCUUGUCCUCCCCGCUCCCCUCACCCUCUCUCCACUUCUGAUGUUCGUCCCCAUUUAUCCUGUCCCCACUUUCUCCUCUCUCUGAUCCAUCUGUCUCUCUCUGCUCCCCUCGAUCCAUCUCUCUAUUUCCUCCAUCCCUCCUCUCUUCACCCUCUCCUCUGUCUUCCUUGUGUGGAGGAAGAGCAGGCAGUAGUAGAAAAGCGAGGCUCAGCCUGGCAUAUAGAAGACCCACUUGAGGGGUAUCCACCGGUGUAGAAAUGUGGUGCUUUUUUUCCUCCUCUCCCAGGGAUAAUGCACAGAGCCCCGGCUAGCUAAAUACCUCCAUAAAUGGGACAAUGUCUAGUCAUUCAUUUAUCUGUGGGAACGGCAGCUUUACCCCGGGCUGAAAUCUCUCUCAUGGAGGAGGGAGGGAGGGGGUGUGGUAGAGGGAUGACUGUGGGGCAGAAUUUGGCAUCAGGCUUUUUUAUCUCCUUAUAACAUCAUCAACAACAACAACAGGCUAAGAAAAAAGGAACAGGGACUGAUGUUUGUGUUUUGUAACACCGGGGUCAAGCUGCCAUUUUGAAGUGGUUGAGAAAACAGCAUCUCCACUUUUGCCACUGAUGGUAUUGUUUUAGUAUAGAUGCUAUGCCAUUGUGGUUUGAUAUUUUUUGGAGGCAAAGCUUUCUUGGUAGAGUAAUAUUACCAUCAAAUGCCACCAACAACUGGCCAAAAAUGUGUUGAGUCACCAUUGUUUCCUUCGUUAUUUUAGCCUACCUCGUGGUUUGGUUUAUUUAAAAUUACUCAAAUCUGUUGACGUCUCAACCAAAUAUCAACCGUAAUUUGACAUCUUUGCCUGAUGAGAAAAGACAGAGCAGCCAAGUGUGUAGUAGCUGAACAUAAUUAAAAAAGAGACAGGGUUAGGAAACUAGAUAGACUGAUAGCCUCGCCAAAUGAGAUCUUCAGUAUGAUAGCUAUGAUACAGUAUGUAUACUGCAGCUCUCUCUUGUUAUAAUUACAUUUUGGACCCGCAUAAUAGCCUAAUCAGAUGGCCCUCGUUGCCCUGCGUCAGCUCUGUGAGAUAGCCCCUGCUCUGGACUCAAUCAUCUGGGCUGAGGGAGGAGGGGACUGGUGGGUGGAAGUGCUGCCAUUAUUAUAUCUGCUGUGAAAUACUGAGCCCCCUUCAGAUACACUGUGUUCAGCUGUGCCAAGGGUGGCUGGAGUGAUAUAUGAUGGGCUCUUAGGGCUAGAGGGCAAAGGUCAGUGUUAGAAGGGGUGGGGCACACACAGUUGUCAUAAGACAGCAGGGACAGAGGCCCCCGGGGACGGUCUCUCCUUGCAUCCUAUCGGAUCGUCACAUCAUCACACUGACUGAGUGUGAACAGCGCUUAUUGGCCCCCAGCAAAACACACACACGAGAGGGAGGUCACAGAGGAGACGAUUGCCUCAAUGUCUCUGAGUCUGACCGUGUUGUUAUGUGGUACUGAUGAGGCCAUCUCAUAAUGUACAAGUGCUUCCUGGAAACACACCUCUAACUGAGUUCUGUUUUUAAAAAUGGACAUUUACGUAAACGUUCUUAUGAGAUUACGAUGCCAUCAUUGAAUGAGUGAAAUUCAUUGACUUCAUGUUUCUCCUUCUGGGGUUGUGCCACUGGGUAGAACCUUCCUUUCCUAAACCCACAACUCCUAGUUGAAGGCUACCACCUUUUCUAUGGAUCUUUAUGUAAAAGAGUCCUGUAAACAGUCCAGCAACUCUUCAGAGACCAGCAGAAAAGAUGUAGCUUUAGUUCAACCAAUUACAGGCCCAAGCUCACUCUCAGGAUUGCCCAUCAUUAUUUCCUAUCCUUUGCUAUUGGCUUACCCCAUGUAAACAAAAGAGUUGAUUGGAUAUUCCAUUUGUCUGUCCAUCUUACCCUUCACUCCCUUCACCUCUGACUAGGUUUUCAGUAGAGUAGCCCCAUGGCUAACUGUAGCAGAUUAUACACAAUAGGCUAUGUAUUUCUAAUUUCUUUGGGUUUGUUGGUUUGUCUUCUGAAAAAUGCUCUAAUAUAUUUCACAGCACUGAAACAAAAAUACAGUAUUUUCUUGUUGUGCUUUGUCAUUGACACUGAUACUCGAUACUUGAAAAUGGAACAGUACUGGCAAAUAUUUAAAACCGUGAAUAUGCACAAUGAUUUUAAAAAAUGACUGAAAAUGAAAAGAGUGGUAUUUUUCAUGAAUUAAAAAAAAAUUGCAAAUGUUA